AGUGACAAUAGAGGAGACCCCUAACGUGCUUGGAGCGUUACAGAUACCGGAUUCUCCUGCUGGGCUGGAAGCGUCUAAGGACAUGGGAAUGCGGGAGUUUGAAGCUCUUCCUGCGUGUUCUCCUAGGGUUCCUAAGGAAUCGUGGGAAAAGCAGCUGCUGACCUUGUUCUUUCAGCAACAGCAACAGCAGCAACAGCAGCAACAGCAACAGCAGCAGCAGCAGCAGCAGCAGCAGCAGCAGCAGCAGCAGCAGCAGCAGCAGCAGCAGCAGCAGCAGCAGCAGCAGCAGCAGCAGCAGCAGCAGCAGCAGCAGCAGCAGCAGCAGCAGCAACAGCAGCAGCAGCAACAGCAGCAGCAGCAACAGCAGCAACAGCAGCAACAGCAACAGGAGCACGGGCAGAAUCAACAGCAGAGCCUGUCUCUGCAGGAGGCAGAGAGGGCUGGCAUGGGAGAAAUGCAGGGAGGCGCAUGGGACAGAUUCGUGGGGAUAGAGGAGGGGGGAGUGGGGCAGAAGAAAGGGAGGGAGAGGGGGGAGCGGAGGCAGAGGGAGGUGGGGGAAGUGAAGCGCGGUCGUGUGGACAGUAGUGCUUGUUUGAACCUGUCGCUGUCAGGGGUGUGGGACGGUUUGGGAGGCGCAAGCCGUGGUGGGGUAGGGAGAAACGGAGGGAACGGAGGGAUCAGUGGGAACGGAGGGGAGGGAGGGGAGGGAGGGGAGGGAGGGGAGGGAGUAGAGACGAGGAGUGCUCUGAUACCAAGUUCUGUGAUGAGGCGGUGGGGUGAGAAGGGCAGAAGGGAGGUGGAGCGCGGUGGGCGUGCGUGGGAAGGGUGUGACGAGAGGCUUCCUGAGGUGGGUCAGGAAGUAGGGGGAGGUGUGUUGCGAGGGGAGAGGGGCGACGAGGGAAAAAAUACAGUGGGAGUGAGAAGUGAGAAGAUAGGGGCAAGAGAUGGUUUAGGUUCAGAUGUGAGGGUUGUGGUUGAUCAGGGAAUGAGACUGGGGAGCAGAGGGGAAGAAGUGGAGAGGCGGAUGGAAGCGAUUGUGGAAAGGAAGGAGCAGCAGGAGCAGCAUAAUGACUGUUUGGCAUCAGUGCUCUCCUUGGCAACAGCAGUAGGAAGCUCUGCCGUUGCUGCUGGCACUCUUCCCGUUUUGAACCGUCUCAAAACGGGAAGGAAGGAGCAGCGGGAGCAGCAUGAUGACUUGGCUGAAGCAGGGGGAGCAGGGGCGGCUGGGAGUGGUGGGGUGAGGCUGUUUGGAGUUGAUAUGGCAUUGCCCACUGAAGUUGGUCCGCGUUUUUGUUCUUAG